AUGGUGUUGGGAUCGACAAAUGAGAUUCAACAAUAUCUCAAUGUAAGAUAUAUUGGACCUCCAGAAGCUACUUGGCGAAUAUUUGGUCAUCCUUUGCAUGCAGAGAUGCCAACAGUUGUACGAUUAGCACUUCAUUUACCUGGAAUGCAUCGCGUUUUUUUUAACCCAGAAGAGUCAUUAGAAACGAUUCAAUCUAGAGCUGGUCAACAAAUGUCAACUCUUACUGGCUUCUUUGCAUAUUGUGCUGCCAGUGAAGAUGAAUGCCUAUUCACUUAUCAAGAAUUUCCACAACAUUUUGUUUGGCUCAAAUCAGAAAAGAGAUGGAAAUCAAGAGAAAGAGGAUAUGCAAUUGGUAGAAUGUACUUUGUUAGCCCUAAUUGUGGUGAAAGAUUUUAUCUGCAAGAUGAUGAAGAAUGGAUACAAUGCUUGAAAGAGGCUGCAGUUAUAAAAACUGGAUACCAAUUGAGGAGAUUGUUUAGGAUUAUUCUCAUCCAAUGCUCUCCACUAAAUCCAUGUGCAUUAUGGAAUCAAUUCUCAAUGGAUAUAUGUGAUGAUUUCGCACGUAAGAUUCGUAUAUUGUUUGUCAUUUCUAACCCAACUGAGGCUCAAAUUGAAGAUUAUUGUAACAACCCUGAUCCGCAAUUAGCUUCUAAUCCUCUUGGGCAUAUCGUUGUUAUUGUGGCUUCAUCUAGAAUUGCAUCAUUGUUAUUGGUAGGAGGUCGCACUGCACAUUUAACAUUUUCCAUUCCGUUAGAUGUCUUGGAAAAUUCACUUUGUGGGUUUACCAAACAAUUAUUACAAGUUGAGUUAUUUACAGAAACAAAACUCAUAAUUUGGGAUGAAAUUCCUAUGGAACAUAGACAUUGUGUUGAGACAGUUGAUCGUACAUUGAGGGAUAUUCGUGAUAGUGAAAAGCCAUUUGAGGGUAUUACUGUUGUUUUUGGUGGAGACUUUCAACAAAUCUUACUAGUUAUAGUCAAAGGAGUUCGUGACCAAAUUGUGAAUGCAUCAUUAAGAUACUCUAUUAUAUGGAAGCAUAUACAUAUCUUAACUUUUGAUUUGAAUAUGCGCUUGAAUCAUGGAGACCAUGAAAAUGCUAUUUUUGCAAAUUUCUUAAUGGAGGUAACACUACUUUAA